AUGCCAGUAUUCACAGCCAACAUACCAGGAGUUCUCAAUGUCGGUGAUAGGAUCGAAAUUGGUGGUAAAAUCAAGGAGAAUGCUAGAAAGAUGUCAGUGAAUCUAUGCGCUCAGGAGGGUGAAGAACCACGCGACGUGGUACUCCACUUCGACGUGCGUUUCCAUCGAGAUAAUAUAAUUUCUCUCUCCCGAAAGAAUGGCAUAUGGAUUGGCAGUGGCAACUAUGAUACGAAUUACAAUAUGUUUGUGCCUGGUACAGUGUUCCGAAUAAUAUUCGAGAUCAAGGACACAGACGUGAUAACUAUCUAUUGCCAGGGCAAGUUCCACUCCAACUUCUUACCGAAGAUACCACUUACUAUGGCACGAUACAUUGUCGCCUGGGCUGAUAUUGAGAGAAUCACUCACUGCUUCUUUCAUUUUACCAAUAAGGCUCAAAGUGGGGAUGAUCCUCUCACUCCAGGAGUAUGUGCGCAUAUUCCUCGCGCCAGCAUGCUCUCUGGGGAUAAUAAAAGGUGGUUCUUCGUUCUUGAUUUCAGUAGAUUAACAGGUUAUCGAAAAGGGACCGUCCAUUAAUCACGUGAGGCUUGAAGGGGGGGGGGGGGAGCGAUUCGUCAAAAAUUACGAAAUAUCACAAGGGGGUGGGAGGGUGUAGUAAUAUAUCACGUGUAUUUAUUUUUUCCUCAACGCGUGAUUAUUAGACCGAAAAGCGACGUUUUUUUUUAAUACAUGUGAUUUGGUUGAAGGUUGAGUAGCUCGGUGGCGUAGUGGAUAAGCGCCGCGGCCCGCGAUCGUUGUCGUUAAGCAACUAUCGCAAGGGUCGGUCACGGGAUGGGUGACCAAAAAAAAAAAUAUAUUUUCUCGAGCAACUCCGUGCUUCGGAAGGCACGUUAAGCCGUUGGUCCCGGCUGCAUUUGCAGUCGUUAAUACCCUCCAAUCCGCAUUGGGCCAGCGUGGAGGGUCAUGGCCUAUCCUCCUUAACCAUCCAUAAGGAAGGCCUGAGCCCCUGCAGUGGGGACGUAAAAGGGCUGAUGCUGCUGAUGCUGGUUGAAGGAGAGAGGGGGGCUCAAAAAUGUUGAAGAAAACAUCACGUGAUUAAUGGACGGCCCCAAACGGACCAAUUUCUUCGGUCUUUUUAAAAAAUUGUUUUAGUAUUUCAAGAUAAAUAACAGGCAUCGUCCAAGACCUCACAGGAAAUCCGCACCAGGAUCCCCAAAGUUGGAAUCAUCGAAUGAAAGCUCUGAUGACGAAACUAAAACGAAACUCAAAACAGAAGGUCGAGCUGAUAGAUACUUCUAUGACACCCUCAUGUGCCAACAGCCAGAUCACGCAAAAUUUAUACCAGACGUUAAGUACAGACGUGACCAUUGCCAAGGCAAGAGCAAUAUGGACUAUGCAAGGAAAUAUAGAGAAGUCUCCGAUUCAGAUAAAAAUGAUAGUGAGGAUUAUUCCGAAGAGGCUGCCUCUAAGAAUACGGACACAUCAGCUGCAGAAUCUGAAGAUGUAUUACACGAACUUGGAAUGAAAAAACGCGUGAGGAGAGGGAGACUUGCACCACCUUUUGCCCAAGUCGUAAAUUUUAUGGGAAAAGCAGCGAAGAGAAAUUAG